AUGAUCGCCAAGGGAUCUCGCAAGAGAGUGAAAGCCAGCCCCUCUGGCGCGGACUCACCGUCCCCCGCGUCCCCGAACAAUGCUGGCCGAGACCGCUCAGACUCCCAGACACAAAGUCGUUCGAGCUGGUAUCCCGGAUCAUGGUCGGCUAUCUCGCGUACGUCCAAGGCAGCUCCAGUUACCGAGGUUGCCCGUGAGAGCAUAUCGGUCGCGCAAAACGUAGCUUCCAGCGUCGUGAACUCAUCGACCUCUCUUCUCGACACGCCCCGACAAAACCGCCAUCCAUCGAUUCAGCUGACCAAGAAAGCCGGUGGAUCGACCAGAUCGCUCCCUGCGGACGUCACCACCACUCGAGUUAAUAUUGCAUCGGAUGGUUCAGCUUCUACGACAGCUUUGGAUACCCUUGAGACGUCCGCAGCUGCAGAACCAACAGUGGAUACGGACACAUUGGAAACGACUACUUUGAAGCCUCUGGAGAAAUCAGUGGAAGGGCAAGAACCGAACGUUGAGAACGUUGGAACCGAGCCUAAUAACACCCAACAAGAGACCCAAGCGCCAGCCGAGCCGCCCAGCGGAUGGUUUUCAUGGAUAUAUAAGUCAGGACCUGCAGAAAAGGACAAGUCGACCGGCGCAGAAUUUGCAGGAGAGGCAGAGAGAUCCGCUGAGAACGAACCUUCCAAGCAGGCCGAACCCCAUCCAAUCGCGGCCGAUACCAGGGGAGAACAAGCACAACAAGAACCCGAGCAGCAGGAGACAGCAGUGCAGGGCGGAGAGACAAUUGAAACUACUUCGAAGGCUCAGAAAAGGUCGUGGCUGCAGAUGUGGUACGGGUCGGGUCCAUCCAAUAAUAAGCAAGAGGAACAGGUCGCAACGGAGCCGACCCUGUCACCACGGGGAGAUAAUACUAUUACACCAAAGGAUCAAGACUUGAAUAUGGCACCGCAGGAUCCUUCAGAACGGUCAGGAGAGGUGCCCCCUACUUCGGAAACACCUAUCCCUGGAACAACGAAGUCCUCGGGAUGGUCCUUCUGGUCCAAAGAUACUUCCAAGGAUGCCACGUCAGACAAACCUCAAGAGGUUAAAGCAGUGGAAGCGACAGUGACGGCAGAUACACCAGUACAGCCAACUUCACUAGAACCACCCGCCGAAACUAAUAUCAAUAUUACCAAGAAGGGAAGCUUGAAAGUCAAACCUUCCAAAGAUACCCGCGGGAGCGUGUCCGCCGUCGUCGAGGCUCCACCGGCUCCCACGCCACCAGUUGAGCCGAAACCGGUCGAUGCUGCAUCAAAACAGUUACAAAGAAUCCUACCGAACCAAGUCCUUCCCAAAUUCGAAGACACAUUUGCAAUGGAGGAGUCACCGUCGUUGUUGCAGAGCCUCGGCAGGUUACUGCAUUACACCAAAGGCCCGGAGCAUAACCACGUGGCCCGAAUUAAAGAGCCACCCCGCAUCAAACGAGCCCUGGCCAUCGGUGUCCAUGGGUAUUUCCCUGCCCCGUUGAUACGAAGUGUGCUUGGACAGCCCACGGGUACCUCUAUCCGAUUCUCGAACAUGGCGGCGGAGGCCAUUCGAAAAUACACGGCAGAUCAUGGCUAUACCUGUGAUAUAGGAAAGAUCGCGCUGGAAGGCGAAGGCCGUAUUGCAGAGAGAGUCGACCUGUUGUGGAAGCUCCUUCUGAACUGGAUGGAAGAGAUUCGAAAGGCCGAUUUCAUCCUGGUGGCUUGUCACAGUCAAGGCGUACCAGUUUCGAUAAUGUUGGUUGCGAAGCUGAUUUCCUUUGGUUGUGUGAAUGCUUCUCGUGUGGGAGUCUGUGCUAUGGCCGGUGUGAACAUGGGUCCAUUUUCUUCUUAUCGUUCACGGUGGAUCAGUGGAUCUGCUGGAGAACUGUUCGACUUUGAAUUACCUUUCAGCAAGGUCUCCAAAGAAUACGAGACUGCUCUGAAGCGCGCUCUUGAUUUUGGCGUCCGCAUUUCUUAUAUUGGGAGCAUUGACGAUCAACUCGUCUCUUUAGAGUCAUCCUUAUUUUCUACAGUAGCGCAUCCAUACAUCUACCGCUCCGUUUUUGUAGAUGGGAGGGUGCACGCUCCAAGCUUCCUCUCCCACCUUGUUGGAUUUGCUCUUAAAUUACGCAACCUCGGCAUCCCAGAUCACGGCCUGAUCCGUGAACUGAGCAGUCCAUUGGCUGGCAGUCUGUACACAGGCGAAGGACAUUCCCGCCUGUACGACGACGAAGCAGUUUACUACAUGGCUAUUCAAUUCGCUCUAGAAACAUCCUCCGUCCCAGAUGCUAAAUUGAGCAUCAAACGAUCCAGCCCUGCCGUUUCCCCGAACCCAUAUAUUUUGCCCUUCGCCAUGCGCGGUCUCCUCGAAGAGGAAUACGUCAGGCGCGAGCUGCACGAAGAAACCAUGGAACUACUGCGCCAGUUCGAUGACUGGAAACCAUCAAGUAAGGUCCUGAAGGAUGUCAAGUUCCGGCUCGAGGGUAUCCGGUCGAAGCUGUAG